GUCUCUGGAUUAGCAGUCCAGUGAUACUACCAUUAGGCCAUUGCGUCCCCUGUGCAAUCCAGUCAAAAUUUAGCAUUGAGUCUGGUGACUGAAAACUUGCCUAUUGAGAUAAAGAGUGCUUUAAACUGAAGAGAGAAGUGAAAGGUUUAGUGAGGACUGCCCAUGAAGGCAAGGCUGCCAAUGAUGUGGUGAUAAAUAUUCAGAAUGCACAAUAGAUGUUUAGAGACCAUUCAUGGGAUUAGGGCCUGGAGCAAGUGACUGAGAUGGGGAGGGGUGUAGGGGCUGGAGGAGGUGACAGAGAUGAGGAAGAGUCUGGCUAUGGGAUUUGAAAAAAGAGUGAACUUGGGUACUUAAAUCCAUUUUUAAGACAUGUUUAUCUGCUGUGAUUUGAUUCCUUUUUUUGUUGUAGGAGGUUAUAGCCAACGUUUGUUGAGUGCCAGUGCACUGGGAAAGAUUUUUACCACUCUUCCUCUGGGCAGCCCUGUUUAUCAAAUGUUGGAGCUCAAGCUUGCAAUGUAUAUCGACUUCCCCACUCACAUGAAGCCUGGGGUUCUGGUGAGCUGUGCCGAUGACAUUGAGCUUUAUAGUCUGGGUGAGACUGAAGCUGUAUGCUUUGACAGACCUGGUUUCACUGCCCUCGCUCAUCCUUCCUCCUUGUCCAUUGGCACCACACACGGUGUCUUUGUGCUUGAGCUUGAUCAGAUGGAGGCCGUACAGAAAGAGCUGGAGUAUAAAACAUGCUGUCGCUUCCUUCACAAGCCCAGUGUGGAAACGAUGCAGAAGGCAGGAGCUAUCUGCGAAGCUAGCCAUUGUGUCAGGAGUGGCGGAGACACUGAGGAUGUGGGCUUUGUCUACACAGACAGCAUCUAUUACUUCGACCGUCAAACAGCUAAGCAGUUGCUGGUGAUCCUUGGAGAAAUUGGCACCCUCAGGUGCGAGAUUGAUGCAUAUGGUGACUUCCUGCAGGCUUUGGGGCCGAGGGCAACACCAGAAUAUACCAAAAAUACAGCUAAUGUCAACCAGGAGGAGCAGCAGCUGGUGGCAGUUCGGCAGAAAAUCUUCUCUCAUCUCCAAGGGACAUCACUUAAUCUGGCCAUGUUGAACAAUUCGAAAUUCUAUCACCUAGGCACCACCCAGGAAUAUCUAUAUCACCUGACGGCAGAUAGCACCCUGAGAAUGCAAUUGGGGCUGCUGUCUGAGUCCACUGGAAUUGGUCAGUUCUGCCCCGAGGAUUACGGACAAGUUCCUUGCAUUAUCGAGAGCCUGGUAGGAUUGGAUUGUGACGUAUCUCCUGGUAGUAUAAUUGAGUAUUCCCGGCUGGGGCAGGGCACCCGCGUGGGCUCCAACAGCAUCAUCAGUGGGUGCUGCAUCAGAGCGAAUACCACGAUCCCCCCUGACACCUUCCUGCAUACACUCUGCGUCCCAGAGGGCUUUGCCACCGUGGUCUUUGGAACUGGUGACAACCUUAAGCAUACGGUCCCAUCUCUGUUGGAGAUCCACCAACUUGAGCUGCUGGGUAUCAAUUUCGAAGAGGCUACUGUGAGCCUAGGCCUGAAGAUCUCCCAGGAUCUAUUCUCUGGCAGUGGGAAAAUCCGCCCUAGCCUGUGGAACGCCAGGAUCUUCCCUGCCCCAUGUGCGACAGCAGAAGACUCAGUGACCGCGGUGCUGGAGAUGUUUGAAGCCUUGCGGGGUGAAUCAGUCCCUCAGUUGGCAGAUGAUGUCCAGUUGCUCUCCGUUGAAGAAAUACUCCAACGCAAGGAUGUGAUGAGCAUGCUGAGUUUCAGAAAGCAGCUUACUGAAGAAAUUAGUCAGAGGAGAAAUGCUGGUGAAAACUCAAAUCAGGCUUUAUAAUUCAUGUUCUUGUUUUAUUUUAUCACAAAAUAGACAUCAACUUGUGGAAGAGGAAGUCGGUGCUGUGAAUGACAUUGGCCGGCCAUUCACCAUGUGCAGACUCUUGGAGCAACUGUGUCUGUGCACAGAUUAGAGGGAGCAGUGCUGAUCGGGUGAGACAAAGAAGUGUCAGGUAGAGGUUAAUGAACAGCUCAGAUUGCUGGUCCAAGUGACCUUUCUCAAAAAUCAUUGUAUUUCAUUAUCUUUACCACUGAACAUGAACUUGGAUACACCGGGCGUGAUUUCAGAGUUUUCAGCUGGCAAAAAAGUGAAUUAUACAGUUUUAAAGAACAAAGAACAAAGAAAAUUACAGCACAGGAACAGGCCCUUCGGCCCUCCAAGCCUGCGCUGAUUCAGAUCCUCUAUCUAAACCU